ACUCUUGAGUUCACAGAGAGUCAAAGCAAAGCUGCUGCUGGACAGACUCAGGCAAUAAGGAGACGUGUUUAUAUCCACAGGCUGCUCUAGCAUCUCUGAGAAGAUUGUGCAAAAGGAAUAGAAACCUCUCGCCACAUCCCAGCCAUCAAUCAUGAAUGAAAACCGCUUGGCUAUCGACAUUCUGCUCUUGUGUAUAUCCUGUGGAGCAAGUGCACUGGCAGCCUUCAGUCCCACUGCCUCUUCAUCUCUUCCAGCAACCAAUUUCACUGAUAUUGGCUCUGUGCCUCCAAAAUAUCUCACUGAGGCCGCAAACCUUCCCAAAACCAGACGGAAACGUUAUAUUUCCCAGAACGAUAUGCUUGCGAUACUUGAUUACCAUAAUAAAGUCAGAGGGAAAGUUUUCCCCCCAGCCUCAAACAUGGAAUAUAUGGUCUGGGAUGACACUCUUGCAAAGAUGGCUGAACAGUGGGCGUCCUUGUGCAUUUGGGAGCAUGGUCCUCGCAAUCUUCUUAGAUUUCUGGGUCAGAACCUUUCAGUCCGAACAGGAAGAUACAGGUCCAUUUUGCAGCUGGUAAAGCCCUGGUAUGAUGAAGUGAAGGACUAUUCUUUUCCCUAUCCUCGAGACUGCAAUCCCAGAUGUCCUCUUAAGUGCUACGGGCCUAUGUGCACUCAUUAUACACAAAUGGUGUGGGCAACCUCAAAUAAAGUAGGAUGUGCCAUCAACACAUGCCAUAAUAUGAAUGUUUGGGGCUCAGUAUGGAAGAGGGCAACAUACUUGGUGUGCAACUAUUCUCCAAAGGGUAACUGGAUUGGUGAGGCCCCGUAUAAAGUAGGUGUUCCUUGCUCCAUGUGCCCUCCGAGCUAUGGAGGAUCAUGCAGUAACAACAUGUGCUUCCCUGCUGUGAACUCCAAUUACCUGCACUGGUUUAAAUAAACACAGAUAGACAGAAUGCACAUGCCCCAUCACAGAGACGCUGUCCCUCAUGGGAAUUUGCACAACAUUCCUGCAUCACCCUGUUUUUUUUCUUUUUUUUUUUUUUAUAUAUAUAUGGGCCAUAUAGGACCAUGGGUUGCAAGGCAGCAUUUUAAGAUAUGUACAUAACUUAUUUUUCAAUGUUUAUACCAUGUAUUAUAUGGUUUUGUGUAUAAACCCAAUGGUUUAUUUCCUGAGAGGGACUCUACUGUGAUCUGUCAAGACAUGAUUGGUGCUUGCAGUAUUCAACUGUAAAGGCCUAUUCACACCAA